AGCAGCUGUUCUGUGGCGACAGGCGAGGACGGGCGCCGGGCCGAGAGCGAGAGCCGAGCCCAGCCGCCGCAGCCCAGCCCGGAAAGGCCGCCGAGGGCCCGCCGUGCCCCGCUCUCGCCUGCCUGCCCGCCGGGCGGUCCUGGGAGCGGCGCCCGCCUGGCCUGGCCUGGCCUGGCCUGACCUGACCUGACCUGGCCGGGCCGCCUUCCGGCCGGGCUGAUCGGGCGCGAUGCCGUCGGACCUGGCCAAGAAGAAGGCGGCCAAGAAGAAGGAGGCUGCCAAGGCGCGGCAGCGGCCCAAGCGCGGCCCCGAGGAGAACGGCGAGGCCGAGCCCAGGCCCGAGCAGGCCGACGACGGCGCCGGGGAGCCCGAGCUGGACGCGGCCACGCGGGCGCUGGAGGAGUUCGAGCUGAAGAAGGCGGCGGCGCGGGCCGUGACGGGGGCGCUGGCCUCGCACCCCAACAGCACCGACGUGCACGUCAUCAACCUCUCGCUCACCUUCCACGGGCAGGAGCUGCUCAGCGACACGCGCCUCGAGCUCAACUCCGGCCGCCGCUACGGCCUCAUCGGCCUCAACGGCACCGGAAAGUCCAUGUUGCUGUCAGCAAUCGGGAAACGGGAAGUGCCCAUUCCUGAGCACAUAGACAUUUACCAUCUGACACGCGAGAUGCCCCCGAGCGAGAAGACGCCCCUGCAGUGUGUGAUGGAGGUGGACACAGAAAGGGCCAUGUUGGAGCGGGAGGCGGAGCGGCUUGCGCAUGAGGAUGCUGAGUGCGAGAAACUGAUGGAACUGUAUGAGCGCCUGGAAGAGCUGGAUGCAGACAAGGCCGAGAUGCGUGCCUCCCGGAUCCUCCAUGGGUUGGGCUUCACCCCUCUCAUGCAAAGGAAGAAGCUGAAGGACUUCAGUGGGGGCUGGCGCAUGCGGGUGGCUCUGGCCAGGGCUUUGUUCAUCCGGCCCUUCAUGCUGCUAUUAGAUGAGCCCACGAACCACCUGGACCUGGAUGCGUGCGUGUGGCUGGAGGAGGAGCUGAAGACGUUCAAGCGUAUCCUCGUGUUGAUCUCACAUUCUCAAGACUUCCUGAAUGGGGUUUGCACCAACAUCAUUCACAUGCACAAUCGCAAGCUCAAGUACUACACGGGCAACUACGACCAGUAUGUCAAGACUCGUUUGGAGCUGGAAGAGAACCAGAUGAAAAGGUUCCACUGGGAGCAGGAUCAGAUUGCCCAUAUGAAGAACUACAUAGCACGCUUUGGCCACGGCAGUGCCAAGUUAGCCCGCCAGGCCCAGAGCAAAGAGAAGACGCUCCAGAAGAUGAUGGCCUCUGGACUGACGGAGCGGGUGGUCAGUGACAAGACGCUUUCGUUCUACUUCCCCUCCUGUGGGAAGAUUCCUCCACCCGUCAUCAUGGUACAGAAUGUCAGCUUCCAGUACAGCAAGACUGGGCCCUGGAUUUAUAACAACCUGGAAUUUGGAAUUGAUCUGGACACACGGGUGGCGCUUGUGGGACCGAAUGGGGCCGGGAAGUCAACACUGCUCAAACUCCUCACAGGCGAGCUCCUGCCCACCGACGGGAUGAUCCGCAAACACUCGCAUGUCAAGAUUGGCAGAUACCAUCAGCACUUGCAAGAGCAGCUGGACCUGGACCUUUCCCCCCUCGAGUACAUGAUGAAGUGCUACCCAGAGAUCAAAGAGAAGGAGGAGAUGCGCAAGAUCAUUGGCCGCUACGGACUGACAGGGAAACAGCAGGUGAGCCCAAUCCGGAACCUGUCAGAUGGGCAGAAAUGCCGCGUGUGCUUUGCGUGGCUGGCCUGGCAGAACCCUCACAUGCUCUUCCUCGAUGAACCAACGAACCAUUUGGACAUUGAGACCAUCGACGCUUUGGCUGACGCCAUCAAUGACUUUGAGGGGGGCAUGAUGCUCGUCAGCCACGACUUCCGGCUCAUUCAGCAGGUUGCCCAAGAGAUCUGGGUGUGUGAGAAGCAGACGAUCACCAAGUGGCCGGGCGACAUCCUCUCUUACAAGGAACAUCUGAAGUCGAAACUGGUGGGGGAGGAGCCACAGCUAACCAAGAAGACCCACAAUGUGUGAGCGCAGCAGGGCUGGCCGGGCCUGGCACUGGGGACUAUGGCGCAAGCCCUUCCCGGCCUAGCUGACCAAACCUGCCACCGAGGCACGAAUAGACUGUGGCCCCCUUGUUCUCUUGGGGCCUCGUCGCCGUCGCUUCUUCCAUCGCUCCUUGUGGAGCCCUCGGGUCAUCUGCCCCCUGCCCAGCCGUCUGCACCCAAGGCUCCGUGGACUCUGUCCCCACCUGCCGUGCGGCUAGACGCCCGUCCUCCAGGCCUGAGCCUGCCUGCCCUCUUCUCUGUGUGCGAAACAGCCUGCCCGUGCUGGCUGCCACCUAGGCACAGACAGCCUGACUUCUGCUUCGGUCUCUGUACCUCACUUCACUCCCCUUGGGCCUCUGUUUGUUUUUAACAGUUAUUUAUCAGUAUACUUGCCAGACCUGCCUGAGACAUUAUAAGUCAAUAAAAAUGUUGGGGCGGGGAGAGA